CCGGUCCCAGCUCCACCGGCCCCGAUGCAACAUGGGGUACAGCAGGUGAUCGAGCACCUCGUGUUCCUGCCACUCCUGAGUCGGGGGCGGGGACAAGGAGGUUCAGAGGAAGGAGGCCCUCUGGAGAUGAUGGUAGAAGCCAUCUGGAGGCCCACCUACAGCCCUGCUCCUCUCACAAACCUCAUGGAACUCUCCGAUGGCUGGCAGUGGGAAAUCCUGAUGGAGGAUGUCACCAUGGAGACCUGUCACUUGGAACCCAGUGACCGUGAGCCAGGCCUGGCGGGAUUUCUCCUGGGCUUUCUUCUCUUCCUGUGAGUCCUGAGGCUCCACAAUGGCGGACAGGUAGUUCUCAGGUGGAGACAGCCCUGGUGAGCUGGGAGCCCGGAUGUGGAGGGAGGAGGCAGGCCCACCUUGAUCAGGUAGUCCUUCUCUCGUCAUCAAGGGCAUGUUUUUCCGCCACUGCAGCAUCCUGCUAAGUUGUUGAGGCUGGCCUCCAAUCUGUGAUCCUCAGCCUCCCUGGGCCUUGCUGAGGCUCCUUCCUCAUUCAGAUGCCACCUACUGGCUCUGGUGGUUCUUCCACAGCUGCCGCAGGCCCCCGUCGGCCAAGCCUUCCAGAACAAAGAGGUGGAUGUUCCCAUCUAGCAGGUGGAAGCCGGUCAGGAUGUCCAGAUGCUCCUGAUGCUGGAUGUUGACCCGCAUCUUGAAGGCUGGGAGGAUCUGCUGGACAGUCCUGGUGGGGUAGGAGUCCAGCUCCAGGGCCUUGGCGUUGAUCAGGAACAGCUCUUUGGCACUGAACACAAACAUGAUGUGGCCAAAGUGGCUGCCCAGGAAAUCCACACCCUGGGCUUUGGCCCAGGUCCUCAGAGGCACUGCCACAUCCACUCGCAGUUUGAGCAAUGAGUUGGCCUCCAAGUAGUUUCCAGCGGGCAUCGGGUUGUGCUGGAGGACCUCGGUGGAACCUCAAGACCCUCCUGCAUUGGCUGCCCUGGAGGCCGGGGGUGGCCUUGGGCUCACAGCGCUGGAUGGGGACCACCAGGUUCAGGUACUUGUGGCCAAGGAGGAGGUCCGUGAAACUGACCCGGGUGACUCCGUGAGAGUCCCAGGUCUUGUUCUGAGACUGGAAGGGGUUGUCCUCCGUCUCCUUGGAGGAGAUGAAGGACUGGAUGUUCCCAUGGGAAUCCAGGGGGUCCUCCCCAAACAGGGUGGGCCUGCAGGAGGACUCGUCUGACUUACGGUCCCGAUCGUGGACUUCCACCACCAUGGGGGGACCCUCCAGGUACUCCCGCAGGUCACUGGGGUGUAUGGCUCCCAGGCAGAUGACAUUGAUGUCCUCGAAGUAAACAUGGGUCCCGUGGGGCCACUCCUCAGUCCUGUGCACCAAGGUCUUGUGGAAGCGGUACCUGCAGUAGAAGGGGGUGCACAGCCUCUGCAACAGAACAGGCCCAUGGCCACUCACCAUGACUGUCCCUCUGCCACCAGGAAGGAGGCCCACAGCCGCUCACCAGUGACUGUCCCUCUGCCACCAAGAAUGGAGUGCCCACCUGGGACCCUCACACCCCAGGGCCAUGCCUGCAGCCCAGGGGCCUCAGUUUGCCCUGCUACAAAGUGUCCAUGGGUAACCCACUCUGCAAGGUCACUCCAGGACUCUACGGCCCGGUGUCCACAAAAGCACCACCAGUUCCCAGAUGGGGCUCUCUGCACCACCAAGGCCGAGGGAGAAGCCUCUUUGGGGAGCUGGUGGCUGAACUGUUGGGGCGCAAACGUCUCCACGCAGAGUGGAGGGUGGGGACCGAGCCACUCCGACCGCCCCAAAGUGGAAGGCAAAGAGCUGAGGCCGGGGAAGGCCCGGAGGGGCUGAGGACACGGGUGCGCCCAGGUCGCAGGGAUCCCUUCAAAGUAACUGAGGUCAACCCAGGGUUUCUGGGCAUCUGCCGCUGGACACGAUCCAACCAGAAGGCCAUCGCCAAGCUCCUCCUUUCGGGAAACUCGGGGGCCGCCCCUGGAAGUGGCGGGGCGGAGGAACGGGAGCAAGGGAACCGAGGGCCGCCGCUAUGGCGCCGGCCGGCCGGAGCACGGAGGAGGCCAGCGCGGAGCACGCACUGGCUGCUGAGCGCCCUGGCUCACCACUAUGGCCUGGAUUGAAGCGUGGAGAACAAGAUCUUGGUGCUGGCCACCGGCCUGGACCAGUACCUGCAGGAGGUCUUCCACCACCUGGACUGCCAAGGCGCCAGCCGCCUUCCGCGCGCUCUGCGCCGUUUUGGGGCUGCGCGCGAGGGUGCCGCCUCCGGGGAGGCCACCCGGAUGCGAUCCCUGUUGACUCUGGGGAUGGGACCUCCUCCAGGGAUGUGGCCGAUGAUGGAGACUCGGAAUCCCAGGAGGAGGCACGUGUGGCGCUGCGCGCGGAGCCCCCGGAGCUCACCUUCCGCCAGUUCCACGCGCGCCUCUGCGGCUACUUUGGCACCCGCGGCGGUCACCAGCUGCCCCGAGGAGCGCUCAGCAAACACAUGGAAACGCAGAUCCGCCUGCGCCGCCCGCGUCGCCUCCGCCGUCAGCACCCGACCCGGGUGCAGGGUCCCGACGAGGGUGGCCCCGAGGGCCCGGAGGGCGAGCGCGUGGCGAGGCUGGAGGAGGAGAACAGCAGCCUCCAGGAGCUGGUGGAGGACCUGCGCGCCGUGCUGCAGGGCAGUGACGCCCGCUGUCUAGCGUUGCAGGUGUGCACCCGCAGGCUGGUGGUCAAAGUGGUAUCCUGGGUGGCAUCGGAACUGCAGGCUGGGCCCAGGGUGGGCAGAGGACGAGGGAGGGACAGCCCCACACCAUCCCACCCCCUUUCAGCCCACUUGCUUCCUGUGCCAAUCCUGCUCCCUGCCACUCCUAUCCCACCGCCUCCAAACCUGCCCCAAACAACCAUCCCCAGAUCUCUGUCCCCAUUUCUGUCCAUCUUGUCCACAAGUGAGGACUGAAUUACACUACUAAAACACUCAGAAGAUGGACACAUAUCAAAAUAAUUAUACUAAAUGAAAUAAGUCAGACACUAAAAAUAGUAUCAAGUAGUUUGAUUUAUAUAAGUUCUUGAUGAUUUGAAUUUAAUAUACAAGGACAGCAGGAGAAGAAGCUUGGUUGCCUGAGAAUGUGGAAAUGGAUCCAUUGGAUAGAAUAAAUGUGUGUAUAUAAUUUUAAGUAUAUCCCAAUGAUGAUAUUAGAAAAUUUCAGCUAUUUAAACAAUCUUUCACUUAGUGGACAAUGACUACAUUACAAAUGUAAGAGCUACCAUUUAACAUUUUUUCACGUUGCCAGCAUGUCACACUAGACUUAACUAAAUAGAAAGGAGAAAAACACUCUUAAAAUAAAUUGGACACUCCAAAUCUUGUGUUUAUGAAACAGCAAUGACCACACUGGGAAUCUCAAUUAGGGACCUGAGCUCUAUGCAGAGCUACCUAUGAACACCAUCUUCACCACUACUUAAAAACCUUAGAGUGUUUUCUUGUGAAAGCAAUUGUGGUGAGCAAUAAACUGUUAGUGUCUCAUA